CAAAGGCCCAGCCGGCUAUCAGCAUACCCUCUCUCGCUGUUCCGUCCCCCAUCGAUCGUCACAAGAAACUCUCCGCUCAUACACACAAGAAAUUGCCCACCAUGCCGAUGCCCAAGCAGGAACAGAGUGCGCACACCAUCACCCAGCGGAUCCGCCAGCUCAAGAAGAUUCCCCCGGAGUUGUUCCCCAUUGGUAUCGUCGUUGGCGCUGCCCUCGCCAUGGCCGGAUACUCCAUGUCGCGCAAGUUCUUCGUCGACAAGACCCUCCGUCUCAACCGCUCCUCGCGCGACCAGCACUAAGCGCGCACUUCCGAAUCACAUGUAAUGAUAUCCGGUCGGAGGUCUGCAGCACUGGAGGAGGAGGAGGAGGAGGAGGGAAGGGCAUGCUAGUUUUCAUUGUAGUUUUGUUCCGAACAAUAACUUCUAUUCUUGCCGUG